UGAAUUCUCAUUUGAGAAGCUGUUUGCUGCAGUGCACUUGUGUGUUUUUCCGGGACAAAAUGCAGUCUAAAGCUGUUUUUCAGUGGAUCUCAGGCCUGGUUUUCUUGGUUUUGUGUCUUCAGCCUGGCGUUCUCUGUGAAAACCUCAUGUGUUACUUCUGUCCUCUGACGUCCUUCAACAAGACCUGUAAACACACUCUGUCCGAGUGUCCACCGCAGCAGCUGUGCUUCACCGCCGACGGACGCUUCGGAUGGGCCUCCCUCCUGUUCUCCAAGGGCUGCAUGACCAGGAGCGACUGCGCCCGAUCCAAGACUUCUGUGGUCCGCGGGAACAACGUCACCUUCACGUACUCGUGCUGCAGCCGGAACUACUGUAACUCCAGCGGGCGCGGCGCGGGCGAUCCGGCUCUGCUCACAGUGACUGCUAUUGCUGUGAGUGUGUUUGCAGCCGGACUGUGGUGAUCUUCUAAAGACAUGGACAAAACACGGCACUCAUCUGCUACUGAGCCUUUAAACCGCUGUGUGAAAGUUUUAAUGUUCACUUCUUUUAACUGAGCCCCAUUAAAUAUGUGUUGAUCUUAAA